GCUGCCCGGGAGCUCAGCCUGGGACUCGGAUUUUUAAGCAAAUAACCAAGCUGGGAGCAGUGGGAGAACUGGCUGAUCUACUGACGUACGAUGAGCAUCUUGCCAUGUUCCUGGUGCAGCUCACAGGCUUAAACCACCUGCCCUUUGGUCCUGCCAGCACUGCCGAGUCCCUGCAGCUGGGCAGCGCUGCUGGCCCCCAGGUGUCGGAGAGCCCGGCCGAGGAUGGCAGUGAUCCGGGAAAGAGGAAGAGAGCAAUUCCUCCAGAUGGUGGCAGAAAUCUGAGCCUGGACUCCAUUCCGAUGGGAUUGCCAAUGUCCGACCCGACCGCCUGGGCCACCGCCAUGAACAACCUGGGGAUGGCUCCCAUGGGCAUGACAGGACAGCCCCUCCUGCCUGACUUUGAUCCUGCUCUUGGGAUGAUGACUGGAAUCCCUCCGAUCAACCCCAUGAUGCCAGGCUUGGGGAUCGUCCCACCCCCCAUCCCUCCAGACAUGCCUGCUGUGAAGGAGAUCAUCCACUGCAAGAGCUGCACUCUCUUCCCUCCUAACCCACAUCUUCCCCCUCCAGCCACGAGGGAGAGGCCCCCGGGGUGCAAGACGGUGUUUGUUGGAGGGCUGCCGGAAAACGGGACGGAGCAGAUCAUCAUGGAGGUGUUUGAGCAGUGCGGGGAGGUCAUCGCUAUCCGCAAGAGCAAGAAGAACUUCUGCCACAUCCGCUUUGCUGAGGAGUUCAUGGUGGACAAGGCACUUUACCUGUCUGGCUACCGCAUCCGGCUGGGCUCCAGCACGGACAAGAAGGACACGGGGCGCCUGCACGUGGAUUUUGCGCAGGCCAGGGACGACCUGUACGAGUGGGAGUGCAAGCAGCGGAUGCUGGCGCGCGAGGAGCGCCAUCGGCGGCGGCUGGCGGAGGAGCGAUUCCGCCCGCCCUCCCCGCCGCCCGUCGUCCACUACUCUGACCACGAGUGCAGCGUGGUGGCCGAGAAGCUGAAAGAUGACACAAAGUUUUCAGAAGCCAUCCAGACCUUGCUGACCUGGAUAGAGCGUGGGGAAGUGAACAGGAGAACCGCCAACAACUUCUACUCCAUGAUCCAGUCGGCCAACAGCCACAUCCGCCGGCUCGUCAACGAGAAAGCGGCUCACGAGAAGGAGAUGGAAGAAGCGAAAGAGAAGUUCAAGCUGGCUCUCUCAGGGAUCCUGGUGCAGUUCGAGCAGAUAGUGGCCGUGUACCAUUCUGCCUCCAAACAAAAGGCUUGGGACCAUUUCACGAAAGCUCAGCGUAAGAACAUCAGCGUGUGGUGCAAACAAGCAGAGGAAAUCCGUAACAUCCAUAACGAUGAGCUGAUGGGUAUCCGGAGAGAGGAGGAGAUGGAAAUGUCUGAUGAAGAGAUAGAAGAUCCAUCAGAGAUGAAAGAAACAGAAGAAUCAGCGCUGGUGUCGCAGGUGGAGGCGCUGAAGGAGGAGAACGACAGCCUGCGCUGGCAGCUGGACGCCUAUCGCAACGAGGUGGAGCUGCUCAAGCAGGAGCAGGGCAAAGCCUCCCGGGACGAGGACACCACCAAGGAGCAGCAGAUGAAGCUCCUCCAGCAGGCCCUGCAGGGCAUGCAGAAGCAUCUUUUGAAAGUCCAAGAGGAGUACAAAAAGAGAGAAGCAGAGUUAGAAAAAGUGAAAGAAGACAAAUUAAAAGUAGAAACGUUACUAGAAAACCUGAAGGAGCAGCAGAGCAUGGCAGAUGAAGAGGACAAGGAGGGAGAUGCAGCUGAUUGUCAAGGGAAUGAGAGCAGCACAUCCAGAGUUUGUGCCUGCAGCCAGGAGAAGGAAUGUCCAGUGGAGAAGACGUUGAGCAACAGUCCUGUGAAAUCUGAACGAGAAGUUCUCUUAGUUGGAAUAAUUUCCACGUUUCUCCACGUGCAUCCCUUUGGAGCCAGCAUUGAGUACAUCUGCUCCUACCUGCAGCGUCUGGACAGCAAGGUGGGCGUGGGGGUUGGACAGGGAGGACUGCAGGAAUCUGUUCCCUGCAGGAAUCUGCUGGGCAGGGUGAACUUUCUUGGAAUCACACGAUGGUUUGGGUGGGAAGGGAUCUUAAAGCCCAUGUCGUUCCACCCCCUGCCAUGGGCAGGGACACCUUCUACUAGACCAGGUUGCCCAAAGCAGCUCAGCUUUGGGGUUCACCACCAACCCCAAGUGCAACAUCCACAUGGCUUUAAAAUCCUUCCAGGGAUGGGGACUGCACCACUGCCUUGGGCAGGGAAAAAUCUCCGUAUCUUUGUAUUUUUGUUUAUUCUGUUGAAGUUUGCUGCCUUUGGGCAGUUUCCCUUUAUUUUCCUUGUCCUUAUGACCUCCAAGGAGAGGAGCAAACAACCAUCUUGUAUAUCAAACGUCUCACACCCUGUUU